AUGGUAUCCAGCGCUCUCCAGCACAUCAGCCAGGUGCAGACAGCCACCAUCCGGGAGCAGUAUGGAGCCAAGAUGUCGAACAAGUUUGUCGAGGAGCUCAAGGGCACUACGCUCUUCCAGUACAACUGGGGAGAGCUCCUGAGCGCCGCACCAACUGCCUUGUCGCUGAUGGGCUCCUGCUGGCUGGCGGCUGCAAACCCAACGGCUGAGCAGAUCUCGCUGUCCGAGUCCAAGCCGGAGGGUGGCUUCAAGUACAUGACCAAUGUGCCCAACCCAACGCUCAGGUCAUGCCUCGUUGACGUGUGCAACAACGGGGGCAGAAAUGCCUUCACCGUUGCCGGCGCGAACAUGGAUGCUCUCCAAAUCACGAGCAGGCGCAUUUGUGAUGAGAGGAUUCCUCUCGUCUUCAAGCGGCUGGGCCCCAGCACUGGCAACCCAGACGCGUAUGAAGACUUCAAGGACGCCCUUGACGACUUCUCCAGCGAUGCUAAGACGUGUGCGAGACUCUCGUCCGAGAUGCGCCUUGCCUUUGCCAAGUGGGGACAGAUGAUUAACGAGCUGCAUGUGGCCACCGAGAACCAAUCGGGGCAAACGGCCAUCAAGGCUGAUAGGACUCGGAUAGACGAGGCCGUGGCUAAGAUUGAAGAGAAACACGCCAGCGAGGCAUUUGAAAACGCCAAGAAGCGGGUCACUCGGGCGGCCAAGAACGUCGACAAGCAACAAAAGAACCUCGAUACCAUGAUUGACAAGGUCCCGAGCCCCUGGGCGUCGGUGCUCCAGUCGGCCGUCACGAGCUUCGCGCAGGCCCUACCCUCGAUAAUAGGCGGUGCGGUCAUGAUGAAGACCGCCCCCCUUGCUGCUGCCGCAGCUCUAGCUGGCAUCAAUGCCAACGGUGGGCAGGCGGGUACGGCCGCAAACACGUCCGCCCCCAGCUCCAAGCCUCAGGUGAAGCCGCAACUUGAUGACCCAGCCUAUGCUACCGCCGCAGCCUUCCUCGUAUUCGUCAACCAUUUUUGGGAAUACAUGGGCGGCGACACGGGCUCCAUCGACUGGGAUAAAUUCAAGGAAACCACAACAAAGACGGGCAAAGACGCCGACGCCGACGCCGGUGCCCCCCAAGGUCUGGCAUAUAUUCUGGGUACCCUCAAGGGACAAAAGACAAACAUUGACGUGACCAACACGGCACCAAACAAGAAGCUGUUGUCUGCGUACGAUGCCCUCAUUAAAGUGGCCACAGAGCUGCAGGAACACCUCCGGAAGCAAACUCAGAUGACGGCAAAGACCGAGCCCGAGGGAACGGUGGUGAAGGAGUGGAAGGUGAAGACCAAGACUGCGCGGGACGACGUGCUCGAGCUCGCGGCCUCAGCCAAAGCCAUGGGCUCGACGAGCGUCCCACAGCCGUUUGGCAACGUCCAGAUUUCAACACCCGAUCUGUCAGCUCAGCGGGCACAGCUGGAUACGGCCAUGCAGGGGGUGCAGAUUGCGCAGACCGCCCUGGACAAUGCCGAGAAGGCGUACGAAGGUGCAGUCGAUAAGCAGGAGAAGACGGCAAAGGCUAUGGCUAGCAUCCAGAGCAAGCUCCACAAGCUGCAGACCACGGGCAAGACGCUCGAGGAGAUAAAGAAGGUCCUGCGAGACUGCAUCUUGGUUCUGGUUGACCUAAUCGUCGAGGUCCAGAAGCUGGAGCAGUUCUUCAUCAUGCUGAACACCGUCAUAGAGCACGUAGUGAUGCCGCGGGCCAUGACUUUCGAAAGGGAGAUGGGCAAGGCGGCCCUGCGUGCCAUGAAAUCCGGCGUCCUCCGGAUCGACGACAUCGCCAAACAGACCAUUUACACAUCCACCCUGCAGAUCAAGGCAUACUUCUCCCUGCUCCAGGACAUCGCGCAGAUGUAUUCAAUCGUGCACCGUGACCACAUUCUCGGGGGUGUAGAGCUGUGUUAUAAGCUGUCCAAGGGCACCGCAAGCAACGACCCGAUGCCCGGGCUGCAGGCGGAGCUCGCUGCCUACACGGACAAGGCAGCCACGAAGGUUGCCAACAUGGUCAGAGAGAAGCAGCAGGAGAUACUCCGCACGCUGAGGGACCGCGCGCGCAGGGCCGAGACAGAGUCUAAGAUGAUCGAAGGCGAGAUCCUCAAAUACGGUCUUUCCAUCGACCAGUCUGCUAAGAGGGCCAUCGAGGCGGGCGCGCUGGAGCAGAAGACCGCCGCCCAGAUCUUGUUGAAGAAUGAUGUUAGCGUGACGGCCUCACUGACGGUUGUUACUUCGGAGGAGGUAGAUGCGUUCAAUAUGUAA